UCGGAGUCGGUGAAGCGGAUGUGAUAAGGUUGGUGGACAGCCAUGAAGUCCCGACAAGCACAUGUAAUUUCUCACAUUGCUGAGCUGCUGUCUCUCGUCGACGACUCUCUUCCAUCUUCAAUCUCAAGAAAUACACCAUGGAGGAUGGCCCAGUGAAUUUGAGGGAGUUUCAAGAGCUUGCCAAGCGAAAUCUGCCGAAGAUGUACUAUGACUACAUCAGUGGAGGAGCAGAAGACCAAUUCACCUUACGGGAGAAUGUGGAAGCAUUUCAAAGAAUCAUGUUAAGGCCAAGAAUUCUUGUAGAUGUUAGCAAAAUAGAUAUGUCAACAACAUUGUUGGGGUAUAAUAUGUCGUCACCUAUCUUGGUUGCACCCACUGGGAGUCAGCAAUUAGCACAUCCUCAAGGAGAAUUGGCGACGGCAAGGGCUGCAGCAGCAUGCAACACAAUAAUGGUACUGUCAUUCGCAUCCAAUUACUCUCUCGAGGACGUUGCUUCCACUUGCAAUGCUGUUCGCUUCUACCAGUUAUAUGUAUUCAAGAGACGAGAUGUUUCAGCGACACUAUUGCAAAGAGCCGAGAGAAAUGGGUAUAAGGCCAUUGUUGUAACAGUCGAUACCCCGAGGCUUGGAAGAAGGGAAGCAGAUGAAAAAAACAAGAUGAUUAUACCAAGGAAUUCGAACCUUGAAGGUCUGAUGUCAGUAGAUGCCGAUCUAACAGGUGGCUCUAAACUUGAGGCCUACGCAUCUGAAACUUUGGAUCCUUCUUUGAGUUGGAAGGAUAUCGAAUGGUUAAAAUCCAUCACAAAAUUGCCAAUUAUAUUGAAGGGUAUCAUCACUGCAGAAGAUGCUAGAAAAGCAGUAGAUGCUGGAGUAUCUGGGAUCGUCGUCUCAAACCAUGGUGGUCGCCAGCUUGAUUAUACACCACCUACAAUAUCUGUCCUCGAGGAGGUAGUAAAAGCUGUUUCAGGAGCAGUUCCUGUACUGCUCGAUGGAGGAGUUCGUCGUGGAACAGACGUGUUCAAGGCCUUAGCACUCGGUGCCAAAGCUGUAAUGAUCGGAAGGCCUGUGGUUUAUGGCCUUGCGGCGAAUGGGGAGCAUGGAGUAAGAAGCGUGAUCAAGAUGCUUCAGAAUGAAUUGGAGCUUACCAUGGCCCUUGCAGGCUGCCCCACUCUCAGGGACAUCACCAGGAACCAUGUCAUGAUCAACCACGAGAGGCCGAGAUCGCUGCUAUGAAUUGUGUACCACGCAUCUGAACAAGGUGGAUUAAAGUUCAUCAUGUUCAGAUUUGUGGUCAUAAAUGUUCAUUAUGAUGGAUCAUAAGAUGCCGAGAUCACUGCUAAUUGUUGUCUUGUUGUUCCAAUAAUGGAUGUUAUCACUCUUCUGAGUUCUAUUUAGGGCUCGGCCCUUGUGAUUUCGAACUUGGAUUCUGUCGAUGGUCGACACAGAAGGUUCCUGAGUUAAUUACGCUUGGAUGUUGUUGUCUUAUAGAUGUAAUCUGUCUGGCUGAGUGGAGUUGCUAUUGGUUUGAACAUAUGCACUUCAACAAAUCAAUGCUACUACAAGUUCAACUCUGCAA